ACCGGCCGCACGAGGCGGCAGACAGGCGCACCCGGCCCGCAGCGCAGCGUCGUCGGGGCCGCGACCAUGGCAGCAGCGGCGCUCGCGCGGGGCCUGGCGCUGUGGGUGCUGCUGGCGCCGCGGGCGGCGGGCGCGGGCAUGGGCGCGUGUUACGACGGCGCGGGCCUGGCGCAGCGCUGCCUGCCCGAGUUCGAGAACGCGGCGUUCGGCCGGCGCGCCCAGGCCUCGCAUACCUGCGGCAGCCCCCCCGAGGACUUCUGCCCGCACGUAGGGGCGCAGGGCGCGGGGGCGCAGUGCCAGCGCUGCGAUGCCCUCGACCCGGCGCGCCACCACAACGCCUCCUACCUCACAGAUUUCCACAGCCAGGACGAGAGCACCUGGUGGCAGAGCCCGUCCAUGGCCUUCGGCGUGCAGUACCCCACCUCGGUCAACAUCACCCUCAACCUCGGGAAGGCUUAUGAGAUCACCUACGUGAGGCUCAAGUUCCACACCAGCCGCCCUGAGAGCUUCGCCAUCUACAAGCGCAGCCGGGAGGGCGGCCCCUGGGAGCCCUACCAGUACUACAGCGCCUCCUGCUGGAAGACCUAUGGCAGGCCCGAGGGCCAGUACCUGCGGCCAGGUCAGGAGGAGCGCGUGGCCUUCUGCACCUCGGAAUUCAGCGACAUCUCGCCCUUGAGCGGGGGCAACGUGGCCUUCUCCACUCUGGAGGGCCGGCCCAGCGCCUACAACUUUGAGGACAGCCCAGUGCUACAGGAAUGGGUCACCAGCACAGACCUCCUCAUCUCCCUGGACCGACUCAACACGUUUGGGGAUGACAUCUUCAAGGACCCUAAGGUGCUUCAGUCCUAUUACUACGCUGUGGCUGACUUCUCCGUGGGUGGAAGGUGCAAGUGCAAUGGCCAUGCCAGCGAGUGUGGCCCUGAUGGGGCAGGUCGGCUAGUCUGCCGGUGCCAGCACAACACCACAGGCCCAGACUGCGAGCGCUGCCUGCCUUUCUUCCAGGACCGCCCCUGGGCCCGAGGCACUGCGGAGAGCGCCAACGAGUGUCUGUCCUGCAACUGCAGUGGACACUCCUCUGAGUGCAGGUUUGACCGGGAGCUCUUUAGAAGCACGGGCCAUGGUGGGCACUGCCUCCACUGCCGUGACCACACGGCUGGGCCACACUGUGAGUACUGCCAGGAGAAUUUCUAUCGCUGGGACCAGCGUACUCUAUGCCAACCCUGUGACUGCCACCCGGCAGGCUCCCUGCACCUGCAGUGUGAUGACUCAGGCACUUGCACCUGCAAGCCCACUGUGACGGGCUGGAAGUGUGACCGCUGCCAGCCUGGGUUCCACUCGCUCAGUGAGGGGGGGUGCAGACCCUGCAGCUGCAACCCCGCUGGCAGCUCUGGCACCUGUGACUCCCACAGUGGGCACUGUCCCUGCAAGGAGAAUGUGGAAGGCAGCCUGUGUGACAGAUGCCGGCCAGGCACGUUCAACCUACAGCCUCACAAUCUGGUGGGCUGCAGCAGCUGUUUCUGCUAUGGUCACUCACGGGCAUGUGCAACAGCUUCCAGGUUCCGGGUUCACCACAUCCACUCUGGUUUCCAGCUGGGAGCCGAGGGCUGGCAAGCCAGAAGCCUGGGGGGCCCCAAGCACCCUGCACGAUGGAGUCCAGGCGGGCUGCCCCUGAGUCGGGAACGUGAGGAGGAGUUCUCAGCACCAGAGAAGUUCCUGGGGGACCAGCGGUUCAGCUAUGGGCAGCCCCUCACAUUGAUCUUCCGGGUCCCCCCUGGGGCCACUCUGCCCCGCGUGCAGCUGAGGCUGGAGGGAGCAGGCCUGGCCCUGUCUUUGCAGCAAUCUAGUCUGCUGGGACCCCAGGACUCUGGGCGUCCGAGGGACCUGCAGCUCAAGUUCCAGCUGCAGGAGACCUCGGAGAACGUGAGCGCCCUGCUGCCCCCCUUCCACUUCCAGCGGCUGCUGGCUAACCUGACUGCUCUGUGUAUCCAGGUCACCAGCAGAAGUCCAAGCCCCUCAGGCCAAGUCUUCCUAUCGGAGGUCCGGCUCACCUCAGCUCAGCGGGGCCUCUCUCCCCCGGCCUCCUGGGUGGAAACCUGCUCCUGCCCCCAGGGGUACACAGGCCAGUUCUGUGAGUCCUGUGCUCCAGGAUACAAGCGGGAGACACCACUGGGGGGACCCUAUGCCAACUGUGUUCCCUGCACCUGUAACCAGCACGGAGCCUGUGACCCCGACACCGGGAUCUGCCAGUGCAGACACCACACCGAGGGCCCCUCCUGUGAGCGCUGCUUGCCUGGCUUCUAUGGCAACCCCUUCACAGGACAGGAAAAUGACUGCCAGCCCUGCCCGUGCCCAAGGCAGUCGGCCUGCACAACCCUCCCAGACAGCGGGGAGGUGGUGUGUACCCGCUGCCCCCUGGGCCAAAGAGGGUGGCGCUGUGAAAUCUGCGAUGAUGGCUUUUUUGGAGACCCACUGGGACUCUCCAGUGCUCCUCGACCCUGCCUGCGGUGCCAGUGCAACGGGAAUGUAGACCCCAAUGCCGUGGGCAACUGUGACCCCCGGUCUGGCCACUGCCUGCGCUGCCUGCACAACACUACAGGUGUCCACUGUGAGCACUGUGAGGACGGCUUCUAUGGGAACGCGCUGGCCCCUUGGCCCGCAGAUAAGUGUGUGUCCUGCAACUGCAGCCCUGAGGGCUCCAUCCAUGAGCAGGGACCCUGUGAUCCAGUGACCGGCCAGUGCUCCUGCCUGCCUCAUGUGACAGGACGGGACUGUGGCAUCUGCAGCCCUGGCUUCUAUGACCUCAAGCCCAGAAAAGGGUGCCAGAGCUGCAAGUGCCACCUGCUGGGCUCCCAGGAGAACCAGUGCGACCCCAAGACUGGGCAGUGCCCCUGCCGCCCAGGCACUGGAGGUCAGACCUGUGACAGAUGCCAAGUGGGUUUCUUCGGCUUCUCCAUCAAGGGAUGUCGGGCCUGCAGGUGCUCCCCACUGGGCUCUGCCUCACCCCAGUGCCAUGAGAAUAGCACGUGCGUGUGCAGGCCCGGCUUCGUAGGCUACAAGUGUGACCGCUGCCAGGACAACUUCUUCCUCACGGCUGAUGGCGCACACUGCCAGGAGUGCCCAACCUGCUACAGUCUGGUCAAGGAAGAGGCUGCCAAGCUGAAGGCCAGGCUGGCCCUGAUGGAGGGGUGGCUGCAGGGGUCUGAUUGUGGCAGGCCCUGGGGACCACUGGACAUCCUGCAAGGAGAGGCCCCCCGGGGGGACACCUACCAGGCUCACCUCCUAUUACAAGGGUCCCGGGAUGCCUUUCUGGAGCAGGUGACUAGCCUCGAGGGUGCGGUGAAGGCUGCUCAGGAGCAGCUGCAGGUGCUGAGGAGGAGUGCCCACUGUGCUCAGCAUGGAAAGGAGAAGACCUGCAUCCAGAUGGCACACCUAGAGGUGGCACUGGAGUCCUCUCGAGAGGAGAUUCUGCAUGCAGCUACCAUCUUCCAGUCUCUGGUGAUUCCUCAGGAAGGGGUUGGUCAACCCACCAACUGGAGCCACGUGGCCACAGAGUCCCGUGACCUGGCCAGGAGCCACAGGGAUACUGCCACCAAGAUAGAGGCCACAGCUCGAAGGGCCCUGCUGGCCUCUAAUGCCAGUUAUACACUUCUCUCCAGUCUGCUGGAAGGCAGGCUGGCCCUGGAGGCGCGACAAGAACUGGAGGACAGGUACCAGGAGGUCCAGGUGGCCCAGAUGGCACUGGACACAGCAGUGGCAGAGGUGCUGCCUGAAGCUGAGCGGGCACUGACCUUCGUGCAGCAAGUCAGCACAGAUGCAGCCCCACACCUUGCCCUGCUGGCUGCUCCCACAGCACUGUCUGAGAAAUCCUGGGCUGAGGACCUGAGCCUGAAGAUGCAAACCCUGGAGGAGAUGGUCACAUCAAGGGAGCUUGUGGUCACUGAGUCUGUGCGGACCCUCCAGGACACUGCCCAGGCUGAGCUGCACAAGACAGAGCGCCUUACACAGCUGCACCAAGAGGCCAGAGCUGCCCUGACCAGGGCUACCUCUUCUGUCAAGGCUGCCACAAUGACCGUCACAGGGGCCAGGAGCCUGCUGGCUGACCUGGAAGGAAUGAAGCUGCAGUUUCCUCGGCCCAGGGACCAGGCAGCACUGAAGAGAAAGGCAGAUGUGGUCCAGGACAGGCUCCUUGCAGACCUGAGCAAGAAGACCAAACAGGCAGAAAGGAUGCUGGGAAAUGCAGCAUCUGUCUCCUCCAGUGCCAAAAAGAAGGGCAGGGAAGCAGAGACUCUGGCCAAGGGCAGUGUCAAGAUGACUCAGACCUUGCUGAGGAAGGGGAAACAGGAGUACCACCGAGCAGGCCUGCUCUCUGUGCAAACUCAAGCUACACUUCAACAUGUCACUGGGCAGGUGCUCACCUUAGAAGCACACAGGCAGGAGCUGGAGGAAACUGAGCAGGUGCGUGCCGGGCUGGGUGAGCUGGAACAGCAGGUCCAGGAAUCACGCAUCACCCUGGAGAAGGACAUCAAGGUCUUGUCAGAGCUGCUGGCCCAGCUGGGACCUCUGGACACCCACAGAGCCCCAGCCAGGACCCUGAAUGAGACCCAGAGAGCACUGGAGCAUCUUCGGCUACAACUGAGUUCACCUGGGGCCCUGCAGAGGAAACUGAGGCUGUUGGAGCAGGAGUCCAAACAGCAGGAGCUGCAGCUCCAGAACUUUGAGAGUGACCUGGCUGAGAUCCGCGCUGACAAGCAGAACCUGGAAGCCAUCCUGCACAGCCUGCCUGAAAGCUGUGCCAGUGUGCAAUGAGGCCCGCCUGGAUACCCACCCUGCCCCCAGCCCUGGAAACGAGCACAUCUGCCUGCUGCUGUGUACCCUCCCUGGAGUGAAUGUUAGCACCCCUCCACACCAGCAGAACUGUUCAAACAUGGUUCACCCAGAGCCAGUGUACCCAAACCUUCACCUAUGCACAAUGCCAGCCUGUGUACAUAUACUCAUGCACACCCCAGUGCCAACCCCAUGAACACAUGUACACAUGUACAUGCUGUGGAUGCAUACCUGAGCCUGUGAGCUCACAGUGCAAAGGUGACAGUUGGUUCAUGAUCACUUCUUCAACGCUAUGUUUCGUGUGCCCUCUGGAUACUGAUCAAAUUACAUGAAAUGCCUUGUGGCACUAACAUGCCCAUCUUUGAUCUUGAAUGGAGAGACCCAGGCACAGUUGGUACCUUCUGACUGAGGAGAGUCAUAGGAAGCGAUUCAGAGCCCCCAUCCAAGGAGUUGUUCUCUAUUCCCAUGUGGACAGAAACACACUACAUAGCUGAGGGAACAGGUAGAUCCAGGUGUAUUAUCGGAAGAGGAACCUAAGGCUGGGACUCUAGGAGUCAUGGGAAAGUGAGCUGGGUCAGCCAAGGUAUGGCCUAUCCCUGCAGGGUGUCAGUAAUUCACUGAAUAUUUCACCCUGCGGCUUCUGGGUCUGGGCCAGUAUUGCUGACAGGCUCACUUGCCCCAGGCCAGGUUUCAACCCAUGGACACUCCACCAACAUGGUUGACUUCUGACAUGUCCCAAACCUGCCCUGUGGCUCACCUGUCACAUGGAGGCCACUGGGUGGAAGCUGAUUGCAUUUCCUGUCUGUCCAGCUGGGGAGACCCCCAAGUAUCGAGGCCUCUUCCUGGGACUCCUGAGCAUUUCCUGCUAGUAUCCCUCCCCUUUGAAGGCCUCCACCUUUGAUGGUGGAGCUUGGGCACUGGAAAAUGUGGAGACUUGGGGGGGGUCUACCCCCCCACACACACACACAGUUCUUCCUGCCCCAACCUUUGCUGGGGAGGUUAGCUGCACAGACCAGUUCUGUGUGGAGUGGAAAUAAAGGACCCCUUUUCCA